AUGCCCAAGUCCGGCGGCGUCCAGCGCCUCAUUUCAUUCACCUAUAAACCUCUCCUUGCUGCCCUAGUCAUAUCCAUCUUGCUUCGCUGGACAGACGAUUCCAAAGAUAGGAAACUACCGAACCCACAUCCACAUCUUAGCCGCUCUCUGGUAGUUGCCUCAACUACCUCUUCAAACCUUACAUGGCUCGCGCCCGCUCUCGCAAAGUCUCACUGGACACCCAAAGUCUAUGUCACCGACUCGGCCAAUACCCCUCUCACUGUACCAGUCAAUAAGGGGAAUGAGGCGAUGACCUACCUCACUUAUAUCAUCGAUAACUACGAUGCCUUACCCGAUAUAAUAUUUUUCCACCACGAUCACUCUCAAGACUGGCACCAGCUCUUCUCUUCAGCCUACGAACUUGCAAUCUCAAUCUGCUCUCCGUACAGAAAUACGGAUACCUUAGCCCGCGUUGCCUGCCCGGCUGCGAAAAUGUAA